AUCCCCGCGAGUGCAUGACGUAUCGCAUGCACUUUCUGUCGGACGGGCGGAGACAAAAAAAAAGAAGUCAAAUCCAUCGCGAAUGAGUUUUGCAGAGUGGAAAAGUGAUUUUUUCGCUUAUCAAUCGAAUUGUUCCGUUUCGAUUGCUCUUCCGUCGGUCGAAAGUGUGUUUGUUCUGUGCGCGGCGCGUUCCCAAUUGCAGUAGAUUGCGUUAUAUAACCGAGAACGGCCCGCUUCGAAUGAUGUGGAGCAAUUCAAUUUCGCUGGACUGAUUCAGUGAGAAGACGCAGUGAUUGUGCGAAGCGCAGCCAGAAGGUUCAUCGAUACAGGGGGAGACGACAUUGUCGUGUCGCGGCAGAAAGAGAGCAGUGCUGGGUUGGAUGGCGUUCCGCCAGUGACGACGAUUCAUCAUUAGUGGAAUUUUAUGUGCUGGAAAAGAAUCUAUUAGUGCGAAGCAAAGUGGUUGGUUUUUGCUUGUUUGGGGAAGAAGAUUCGUGAAGGCAUUCGACAGGAGCGAAUCCCAUUCACGCCGUUGUUCGGAAUACGGAAGUAGCUUGUUUAUCCAGCGAGGAGAAGUGCGCUCCGGAGAAACAGAUAUCUCAUAAUUACAUAAAACGAAGCAGCGAAAAGGGGGAAGACAAUAUUUCCUCCCAUAUGCAGGCGAUAAAAUAGGCCCCCUUCGCUCCGUCCAUCCUGCUGUAGCAAGCCCGCAUCUUCCUGCCUCUCCCAGUUACUGCAGUCCGGUUUGCAGUUUUUUGACAGCUCUAGAUUGUCGGGAGCUGAGCAGUCAGAAGAAAUAAAUUGAAUACCGACGACGGACGACGGCCAGCAGCAGAGGGGUUGUGGUAAAUCAGUGAUUAGAAGGAAAUUACACAAUUCCAUAUCUCUGUUGGACGGCUAUCACCUCCGGUCAGUGAAGUGCAAAAACAGUGGAGUGUUUAUGUUUGACGAGUGAUUUCCAUUGAAUUUAAACAAGAGACGGAAAAGAUUAUCUGCAGCGAAGCAGGGUCCAUCAUUGCUGAAAAAGCGACAGUUUGACUUGCACAAUUAUUGGAUUAGCAGCCUGUAUCAGCACCAGCAGAAGGAACAAGAACAGCAAAAAUGAACUUCCUCCGGUUCGGCCAGUCCGCGGACAUUGACAUCAUGUUCGACGGCGCGGAGCACCGACAGCACGCCGACAUCAAAACCGAAGACGGCAAAAAGGAAAAGUAUCUCCUAUACUACGAUGGCGAAACCGUCAGCGGAAAGGUUAACAUUACACUGAAAAAACCGGGCAGCAAGCUGGAACACCAGGGCAUCAAAGUGGAAUUGAUUGGACAAAUUGAACUGUACUACGACCGCGGUAAUCACCAUGACUUUCUCAGUUUGGUGCGGGAGUUGGCCCGCCCGGGAGAUCUCAUUCAGAACACAUCGUACCCGUUCGAGUUUGCGAACGUGGAGAAGCCCUACGAAGUAUACGUCGGAUCGAACGUACGCUUAAGAUACUUCCUACGAGUGACGAUCGUACGUCGUCUGAGUGACAUCAUCCGCGAGGUGGACAUUGCCGUGCACACACUGUCCAGCUACCCCGACACUAACAGCCCUAUUAAGAUGGAGGUCGGUAUCGAGGACUGCCUGCACAUAGAGUUCGAAUACAACAAGAGCAAAUAUCAUCUACGCGACGUCAUUGUUGGUAAAAUUUAUUUCCUCUUGGUGCGCAUCAAGAUCAAACACAUGGAGAUCGCCAUUAUAAAACGGGAACAGACCGGAUCGGGUCCCAACAUAUUCACGGAGAACGAAAUCAUCGCCAAGUACGAAAUCAUGGACGGAUCGCCGGUCAAAGGCGAAAGCAUACCGAUCCGGGUGUUCCUGGCCGGGUACGAUCUGACGCUGACGAUGAGAGAAAUCAACAAGAAGUUCUCGGUACGCUAUUUCCUGAACUUGGUCCUGAUCGACACCGAAGACCGGCGGUACUUCAAACAGCAGGAAAUCACGCUGUGGCGCAAGGCGGACAAAACGCGAAAAUCUCUCACGCCAUCGCAGGCGGCCGCGGUAGCCGCUGCGCAUGGGCAAGCGGGGGCGAACGCUGUCGGGGGACAGCUGGCGCCACAGGCCAGUGCCACCAAUCCACACAUACCGCACCAUUUGGUGGGCCAGACGCCGGUCAUGAAGGAACCGUUGCUGGAGGAUCUGAACACCAGGAAGCCGGAGGACAACAACCCCAUAAUGGGACUGUUCACCGAGGAUAACUCGCAGUCAGAUUUGCGACCAAAACCGGCCGCCCGGCAGCGAUCAGACGAGCCCACCGGCAACGGUGACGACAGCAGCGCGAGGAAACCGAGUGAGCUUCCGCAGGCGGACCCAACCGACGAGGACACUCUGCCCCAGUCGCAGCAGCAUUUGCACCGGGAAGCCGGCGACGGGGCAGCUUCGAUUUCACACACCACGGACGAGGAGACCUCGUCGCUGUUCGACGCCAACGAUUUGAGCUUCAACGCCAACAGUAAUCCUCCGGCCGUACCGGCACAGGUUCCGGCUGUCCCCAGCACGACCGCGACGGCACCGGUGACGACCACGACAAAUGACGACAGCUCCUCGAGUCCGAUUGCGAACGUUGCGCUCGCCGAGUCUAUGCUGGACGUGUCCGAGUCGAGUCCAACGACGGCAACGGCCGUACCAGUGCCAGCGGCCAAACCGGAAGCCGCUCCUCGUGAAUCGAAACAGAAACAACUGGAAGAACCGCUGGCGGAAUAAACGAAGUGCAGCUGGUGACUAGGAAUCAUUUCUGUUUUGCAGAGCAUGCAGGUAAAUAUAUAUUAUAAAAAUCUUCAGUAUAUUAGCCUUCAGAGGAAUGGACUCGGAAGCACCCGACACGUGGUGUUAAAACUUUUGAUUGCAUUUCGGUUCACCAUACUCCUUUCUUAGUAGCGAGUAAACCGACCGAAAGUUCAGAUAAUAUUUAUUAGCAAACAAGCGAAUCAUUGAUCAAUGCAUGCACACUUUGAAAUGUCGAGUUUUGUGUAAAGAUUUCGGAAGAAAAUUCUUCUGGGAAAUUUAUUAUUUAGUAAGAUGCAUACUGAAGUUUGAGCGAACUUUACUGAUGCUUCAUCAGUUGAAGUUUCGUCAAACUUCGGUUAAACUUUAGCCUUGCUAAAUAUUAAUAAUAUUACCGGAUUCUUUUUUUCCAAAAAACUUGAACGGAAGUUGAUAUUUUCUAGUUUGUGAUAAAAGUAGACAAUUUGAUACACCAAGAAACCAACCAAAACCUAUUCGAAUAGAGAAGACUUUCAAGCAAAACAAAUAAAAAACAGGUUCAAAAGUUAACUCCCUCCCCGAAAAAAAAAUGAUCAAAACGUAGCCAGCACCAAUGUUUAGGAAAUAUUUACUAAAGCAAUUCACCCGACUACAAAGUAAGAUGGGAGCAAGCUCCUUUAUAUUCCUUCGACAAGGAGUCGUUACGGAUCUUUCCUAGUGGGUACACGUGCCAGUGUCCCCCCAACUGUUCUCAUCCCCCUUCAGGACUGUGUGUACAAUUAACAAGCAUUACACCUAUAUCCCCAGAUUUGUACACUUCUUCGAUUAAACAUUCUGUGGCCUCUCGAAACUUUGACUGGUAAGCUUCCGGUCAAAUGCGACAGUUCGAAGCUGCAGAAGCAGCGCCGGAAGAAGAAUGAUAAGAAUGAGAAUGCAAUUGUUGUAAAGUUAAUUCUACUAAAACAUUUUUUUUCUGUUUUCGUACUCUUAUUUGUUUCACUGCAUUGAAGAAAACAAAACAAAGAAACUCAGACUAACAAAAAAUACAAGCAAAAAACUAAGAUGUAAGAAGAAUAAAUUGUGUUGAUAGUGAAGAAUUACUAAUACGAGCAAAUUUUAAGUGAAAUAUUUAAUGAAAAUCGGUAAAACAAAAGAAAAAAAAAGCAAACCAUAGCAACAACACAAUAUGGUUGAAAAAAAGAAAUGGCAUCGGCAGUCAUUGACAAGCAGCGUCAAAAGUACCCAAUAACCAGUGGUGGUACUUUCUCUCAAUCACAAGCUGACUGGCCGAUCCAUACCAAUGGUGAUAACAUAAGGAAGAAGAAGAAGAUAAACAAACUGACUACAUCUGAACAAGUCUGGAUCAAUUUAGGCGCGAAGUGGAAAUUAAUUACAAGAAUGGCAAGUGGAUUCGGAACGGUAGAAUAUAUUAUACUGAAAACAAAAUAAACAAGUUAUGUAUAUCUGAAAGCA